AUGGUGGACGUUAGCUCUGACUCGGUCGGCUGGGUCUCAGCGGGGGGUGUUUUGGGUGAGAGGAUAGGUGACGAGGGUGAUGGUGGGGAUGGUACGGACACUGGCGCAGGGCAUCGUCAACGACCGGAAGAACCCUCAGAGAAACCCCCAGAGAACCCUCAGAGAAACCCCCAGAGAACCCUCAGAGAAACCCCCAGAGAACCCUCAGAGAAAACACCAGAGAAACUCCUAGAGAACCCCCAGAGAAACCCCAGAGAAACCCCCAGAGAACCCCACCCACAGAGAACCCCAGAGAACCCCCAGAGAACCCUCAGAGAAACCCCCAGAGAACCCUCAGAGAAACUCCUAGAGAACCCAGAGAACCCCCAGAGAACCCCCAGAGAAACCACCAGAGAACCCUCAGAGAAACUCCUAGAGAACCCAGAGAACCCCCAGAGAAACCACCAGAGAACUCUCAGAGAAAACAUCAGAGAAACUCCUAGAGAACCCAGAGAACCCCAGAGAACCCCCAGAGAAACCACCAGAGAACCCUCAGAGAAAACACCAGAUAAACUCCUAGAGAACCCCACAGAGAAACCCCCAGAGAAACCCACCCACAGAGAACCCCCAGAGAAACCCCAGAGAAACCCACCCACAGAGAACCCCCAGAGAAACCCCCAGAGAAACCCACCCCCAGAGAACCCCCAGAGAAACCCCAGAGAACCCCCAGAGAAACCCCCAGAGAACCCCCAGAGAACCCCCCAGAGAACCCCCCAGAGAACCCCCAGAGAACCCCCAGAGAACCCCCAGAGAAACCCCCAGAGAAACCUCCAGAGAAACCUCAGAGAAAACACCAGAGAAAACACCAGAGAAACUCCAAGAGAACCCAGAGAACCCCCAGAGAACCCCCAGAGAAACCCCAGAGAACCCUCAGAGAAAACACCAGAUAAACUCCUAGAGAACCCCCAGAGAACCCCCCAGAGAAUCACCCGACAGUGA